GCCGAUUAAGGUUUACUUGAGGAAAAAUUUGGGGAACUGACACCAUGACGAGUCCGCCCAGGGUGAGCAUGGAGAUCACCGAUGAGAUGCUCAAGAGCAUGGAGGUCGGACUGGCCUUCAGAGACUAUGUGCUGCCACCGCGCCAUGCCACCAGUACCAUGGCCAUUUGCGCAGGCGAACCGUUUCAAUUUGCAAAUGAACUGGUGGACUACUGGACAUUGGCAUAGGGCACGUCAAUUCUGGAAACAAUCAAAAUGUAGCCAAAUUUCUCUGAUAUUACCAACAAUGAUAAUGCUCAAGAGAUCCAAUUGCUGUCAAGACUCUUAUGGUGGCGCAGCCAAGCAGAUACCCUUUGGUCCGUCCCCUCCCCUCUUCCUGCCGCUCCUCACGCUUGCAACGCCGCCGCUCCUACUUCCAUCUAGCGGAACAUAGAUCCAUCCAUCCCCGGCCUGGAUUGGCUGGUUCCUUCUGCUGCUACCAAUCUGAAUCCAUCCAUCGGCCUCGAUUAGUUCAUUCCUUCUGUUGGUUCUUCUUCUGUGCUCAAGGCCAUAUUCUUGAUAGCUGAUUGAUUGAAUUUGAGGGCAGUUUGUUUUUCAAGAUUUUGAGGGGGUUUUUGUCCAUGAUGAGUCCGUCCAGGGUGAGCAUGGAGAUCAACAACGAGGUGCUCAAGAGCAUGAAGAAAGGGCUGGCCUUCCAAGGCUAUAAUGGCAGAAUUAGUUCUAUGGAUUUUCACAGCAAGGCUACGAACUAUCUCGUGACAGCCAGUGAUGAUGAAUCAAUCCGCCUAUAUGACACUCAAAAUGCAUUGUGUUUGAAGACUAUUAAUAGCAAAAAGUAUGGGGUCGAACUUGUUUGCUUCACUGAUAACCCAGGCAUUGUCUUAUAUUCAUCGAAAAAUGGCUGGGAUGAAUCUCUGCGUCUACUCUCACUGAAUGAUAACCGGUUUCUUAGAUAUUUUAAAGGUCACCUUGACAGGGUUGUCUGCAUCUCAUUUUGCUCUGAAAAAGAAAAUUUUCUCUCUGGUUCAAUUGAUCGCACCGUUCUCUUAUGGGAUCAGCGGGCUGAAAAAUCACAGGGCUUACUGCGUGUGCAAGGGAGGCCUGCAGUUUCAUAUGAUGAUCAGGGCAUGGUAUUUGCAGUUGCCUAUGGUGGUCACAUAAGGAUGUUUGAUGCUCGAAAAUUUGAAAAGGGGCCUUUUGAGAUAUUCUCUAUCGGUAAUGAUGAUUCAGAAGCCCAUGUCAUAAAGUUCAGUAGUGAUGGCAGGCGGAUUCUGGUAACCACUAAAGCUGGGCGUGUUCAUGUGCUAGAUUCAUUCCAUGGCAGCAGCAUUGCAUCAUACAAUGUGAAGCCAGUGGUAACCAAUUCAACGCUGGAGGCAUCAUUCAGUCCUGAUGGAAACCAUAUCAUAUCUGGCUCUGGUGAUGGUAGUGUUUAUGCCUGGAAUGUUAGGAGCGGAAAGGUUGCACGCUGGGGAAGCACAGAUAAUGAACCACCACUAGUAAGGUGGGCUCCAGGAUCCUUGAUGUUCGUGACAGGAUCUUCAGAACUGUCCUGCUGGGUUCCGGAUCUGUCCAAGCUGGGAUCCUUUACCGUUACCAAGUAGAUGCAAAUGAUAAGAGGUGGACUGACUUUUCUUGGGAGUCCCGCUUGUCUCUGUAGAUUCUGCCGUGUGGCUGGUUUAUGUGACUCGUUAAGAACAAGCAUACCAGCCUAACCUUCUUUUCAUGCUUCGUACUCAUCUUCCUGUGGUAACCUUUUACAAUUAAAUGGAUUCUUACCAUCAGCUGCGACUGCGAGCCUGAGGAACAGCUAUAGCUAAAUGAGUUGUGAUCCUUGGGUGGUUGUUCUUGAUAGCAGUAUUUUAGUUUUACUCUUUGGCUGGUGACGACUUUUACCGAUGUACUUAUCAUGGAUUCGCAGGCUUUCAUGUCACCUAACAUGAAGCAUGGCUGGCUUGACUUUA